AAUUGUUGUGAUAAACUUAUUAAAUAGAUAGUAUGGCUGAAAGAACUUCAGCUCAAAGAAAUCGGGACAAGCCCUAUUCACGUCCUGCAGGCAAUGUUAAGCGAAGCAAUUCCAUGAUGGGUUGGGUUGGAGGUUUUGUUCGUGAUAUGUUCAGUGCUCCAGCAUGGUUGCUUCGUAAUGAAACUGAUGAUCUACGUCAAAUGACCGGCGAGUCUGACCGCUCCUCACUUGGGGGAACUAUACAAAAUCCGAUAAUGGUUGAUGAUGAUGAAGAUAUCGAGCCAGUGAUUGCUUCACGGAUUCCUGAUUCGAACCCCUGCAAACGUCGUAAGACAAGCAGUCACCUUCCCACCAGCAGAGGUGUACCCAUAAUGCCAUCAACUGUAGGUUCAUCUCUCACGGACAGAAAAGAUGUCUGUUCUGCUACGCGAACAGAAGAUUCGAUGUCCAGACCUGCUGUGGGAACGAAACGUCGAGUAUCCUUUCACGCGCAAACUAGAGUGCGUGAACUCAGAAAUGAAAGUCACAUCGAUGAUGUUAGUAGCACCCAAACAUCGCCCCAGAAAAGUAUGAAUAAUUUUUCGUUUCACCAAUCUUUCAGGGAAAAAUUGAAUAGAACUUGUGAGAUUAAUGGGAACAGCAAUAACGUUACGUCCCCUUUUCCUGGAAUUAAACGAUCUGGCGCUUUGAACUCUGGUAAACUUUUUUCGACUUCAUCAAAUGCUCAUAUGAGUUUUUACAAUUCCCCGCUCAGUAAGUCAUUCAACGUGGGAAGCUCAGCGUCCACCCCUCAGCUACCUCUCGGCGAAUCCAGAUUUUAUAAGUCAACGAAAGGAGUUGAAGGCAUGCAAAACAGUCCAUUGGUACCAAACUCAACUUUUGACCCUACUGUUUUCGCGUCACCUAAUUUUGGUACAAAUUUAACGUUACCCAAUCGUGGCUUGAAUGCUACGGCAACACCGACCAGAUACAAAAUCAGGAGAUCCAGCAGAAGCAAUGUACCUUUGAGUGGCAACGCUCAGAAGAUUCUAGAAAAGCUGGAACAGCCAGUAACGCACACUGAAAUUCAUAGGAUGAGGACUAUGGGGCCUCUGAAAUCUGUGCACGAUUUCAAUCCAAUCAGUAAAGUCGCCGAUGUAAAUCAAAGCGAGGGAAGUCAAGAAAGCGAUGUACCCAAAACUUCAUUGCCAUCAUUCUCUUUCUUGAGCUCAAGACGAGUAAUGCCGCCUCUCAAAGCCAAAAUCACUCCCCCUAAACUCAAAGAAAGCCCACAGGAAAAAGGUGCCACCAACCCCUUUGCUAAGAAAUUAUCUGAAGCUGACUCAAAUGAGAAGCAAAAUCAUACAACCAAAGCCGAGAAAUCAGAGUUUAGUUUUGCUCCGCCAACCCCCAAGAAGUAUGAUUUUAAUCAGGAUAACAGCAGUAGCAUGGGAACGGCUUCAAACAGUAAAAGCGUGCCAUUCAAACUGGCAGAGACUUCAAAACCAAAGAGUUCAACGACAGUUUCAGAAACAAACGCCGAGGAAGACACUUCCAAAAUCAAAUCUCUGGCUGAAAGACUCAAACCUCCUGCUGGUUCGUGGAAUUGCGAGUUGUGUUUGUCCAGAAAUGAACAGGAUAGAAAUAAAUGUGCGGCGUGUGAAACUCCGAAAAAGAUAGAGAAACCAGUCAAGAUUGAAAAUAAAUCCACGGUUUUCAGUGAUGCUGGUAAGAGUUCGCUAAGUGGACAGUCCAUAUUUCCCAUAACCUCUAAUAAGUUGGCAGAAAAGUUCAAAACUUCAGCUGGAACAUGGUCUUGUGAUACCUGUCUUGUCCAGAACAAAAGCGGGGAUGACCAAUGUGUUGCCUGUCUGUCUAAAAAACCAGUAGAAUUUCAAAAUUCAGCUCCUAUGUUUGGUGUAACGUCGACAAUGCCACUUGCCUCUAACAAGUUAGCAGAAAAAUUCAAAAUGAGUGCCGGCACAUGGUCUUGUGACGUAUGCUUGAUUCAAAAUAAAAGCGAAGACGAUAAAUGUGUUGCUUGUGAAACAUCGAAACCUGGAUCAUCACAAAAAUCCUCCGCUUCAAAUGGUCCUAGUUUCAAAACAAACCCCAACGUUUUUUCAGCAGUCAAAAGCGACUCCAGUAAACCUCAAAUCAAGUUCGGAGUUAUCAAUAGCACGGAUCACUCAGCUGCGUUUGGAGGUGGAAGCAGUUUAUUCAAACCAUGUUCCAAUCCAAUUAGUUCUGAAACUUCUGGGUUCAAAUUUGGUGUAUCGUCCACGAAUAGCAGUAUUGCUUCGAGCUUUGUGUCAAACUCAAGUAUUUUUUCGAUGCCCAAAACUAAUACCGUUGAACCAAAAAUAUGGUCUGAUAAGCCAGAUCAACCUUUUGUAUUUGGUAGUUCAAAUGCCAUCGCCGCUAAAUUUGAUACGAAUUUCGCAGCUCCUAAAACUACUUCGCUUAUGUUCGGAGCCAAAUCGACUGCUGAUAAUGCAACAAAGUCUGAUUCAAUUGACGGAAGCCUGAAGAAAAAUGUCACUUUUUCGUUUUCAAUGCCUUCGGCCAAAGGAGACAUAAAAAUGUUCAGUGCAAACAAUAAUGAUUUAGUAGCUGCACCUAAGAUGAGUAACGGAGAUGCAUCAAAGACCCCCGCUUUUGCAACUCCCCUCUUCAGUUUUUCGAAUCCGCCAGCUCUCGGAAGUGGGUUCAAAACUGACUCUUCAGCCCCAAAAGAACCGGUUCCCAUGUUUAUGUUCAAUGCUCCAAGCAAACGAGCUUAACAUUCAUCUUUCACGUCAGUUCUCAAGUUUCACAAGAGAGAAAUUAACUCUAAACUGUUCGAAUUUAUUUAAUGUGAUGAUAUAAUGAUAACGAAGAGUUUCAAGUUUUCUAGCCUUAUGCAAGGCUUACAGGGCCAAUUUUGGUCCAGGUUUUUCUCUAUUUUUGACUUCGAAAUUAGCUUUACUACUCGGGAAAGUACUAGAGUUUUGUCGUUAACAUAUUUAUGAUUCAGUUAACUCCUUGUCUAAUGUGAAAUUUGAAAUUCUUGACAGUUGUUUUGAAUUUUCUGGGCUCUUUUCCUUUUACAUUCUGCUUUGCGUAUUUUCCAGUUUAAUAUAAAUAUGAAAUUAUACUACAUCUAAAUGCGUAGGUUGUCGAUGAAAGAUAAAAAUAACAAAUGUGUUCGAAGUUUGUUCACCAUGCCAGUUUUCUUCGAGAAAAGUGUUAUUACGGUUUUCAGAAUCGAAAAUUAAAUAUGAGCGGGAAAUUGGAAAAGAGCCAUUUCUGGAUUGAUGCUGAAUUUGCUGACUAAUUUAAAACUUAUUGCUGGAAGAUGUUGGUAAUAUGUCUGAGCAAUUUCAUUUGAAAAAAGUGUUGGUUUGUAAUUGCGAUUGAUAAUUCAAACUUGAAACAA